AUGACGAGCCAUGCUGUUUCGCCGUCAUGUUCAUUUCCUGUCCAUGUGCAACAAUGGCGACGCGCACAGAGUCGACCGCUGAAGCUUCUUUCUCACUCGAUUCAGAUUGAUGGACUGGUGGUGCUAAAGAUCAUAAAGCAUUAGCAGGAGGAGGGCAGCGAGGUGGUACAGGGUGUCUUCCUGGGACUGGUGGUUGACGACCGCCUGGAGAUCACCGACUGCUUCGUGUUUCCUCAGAACACAGACGACGAUGCCGACUUUGACGAAGUUCAAUACCAGGUGGGAAUGAUGAGGAGUCUCCAUCACGUCAACAUCCACCACCUCCACGUCGGCUGGUACUAGUCCACGUACUACGGCUCCUUCCUGAGCCGAGCGCCGCUGGACUCCCAGUUCAGCUACCAGCACGCUAUCGAGGAGUCCGUGGUGCUUAUAUACGAUCCCAUAAAGACGGCACAAGGCUCACUGUCCCUCAAAGCCUACAGGUUAACACCUAAACUGAUGGAGAUCUGUAAAGAGAAACACUUUUCUCCAGAAAGACGAGGAGAAACUAUGCGCAACUAUGUCCGAUCGGAUAUCGAGUGCUCGCGGUUCGUUCCGUGCACUCGAGCUUUUGAUUCACGAAGCGUUCGUCAAAACCCAGGUCCGUCGUUCUUGAACGGUCGGUCAACCAUUUAUCCGACUCUGUUCGUUUGGCUUAAUUGGGCGUCGCUCUCUGUCCGCAGUAACCAUCUGGAGAAGAGUCUGCAGCGCCUGAUGGAUCGCAUCGAUGCCAUGAGCCAAGAAGUCGUCACGUACAACAUGUACUGCCGCAACCUGAGCAAGCAGCAGCAGCAGUAGAAACCCCAGUACUUGCAGAGGCGAGAGCAGGAGACCACGGAGCGACGGAGUCGAGGAGAUCCGCCGCAACUGCCGGAGGAGGACAUCAGCAAGAUGUUCAAACCCCCACCGCCUCCUCUGCGCAUGGACACACUUCUCAUCGCAGGACAAAUCAACAACUACUGUCAGAACGAGAAAGAAUUUACCGCUCAGAACCUCAGCAAGCUCUUCAUGGCAGAGGCGCUACAAGAGGACAGCAGCUGAAGAGCAGGACGGAGGAAGGACGGUUCAGCGACGGACACGGGGAUCGAGUGGACACUACCAAAACACCGUACAACACCGUUAGGCAUCCCAAAUGUAAAUUAGAACCGGGCCAUCCUGACCUUGGAAAAGGAAACGCUGUAUCUGAUGGACGCAUUGGUAAUAAAAACGUCUGCAUCUCAGCGCUGGGCUUCAGUGGGGUGUGUUUUUGAGGCGUGCUUCCAUCUGCUACACUUUCUAAUAGUUUAGAUGCGUAAUGGAGAAGCUUCCCGUAUCCUGUAUGUAUUGUAUCACACACAACACAACUUACGACUCGAUGCCGGACCGCAUGUUUUCCGAACGAAGCCAGCUCCAGAAUUAUUGGCACCCUUCACAAAAUAAGUAAACAUGAAUAUACAUACGAUAAGAACUUCGAGCUUAAAUAUAUCGUUUCCUUAAACUACCGUAGUGUUUUGUGUCGUUUGAAGAAAUGGUAUACUUGUUCUAAUGCCAUGUUCUGAUUUUAAAAAAUAUCCGCACUUCCACAGUUAACACUCGGCGUAAUUGUCUUCGGUGAAAGAUGCUAGUUAAUGCUAGUUAGAAACUGGACGGCAUGCACACGCAUCGACUUCCUGACAAAUGACCAAUUUUCAAAAAUUCCCAGACUGUGCUUCAUUAUAUAUUUUUAAGUGUUUAUUUAUUUUUUAUAUAUAUAUAUAUCCUGUUAUUAGCGAAUAAUAGCAAUUUUAAUGAAAUAUAACAACAUUUUUUAAGUUAUUAAAAGUUUAGUUAUUUAUAUCGAUAUUUUGCCAUAUAUUCUUGAGAGAAUAUACAAAAGGUCGAUUUUAUUAUUCUAUAAUAAUAGAAUUAUUUUUUAAGCUAAGUCAUUUCUCUAAUUAUUUUGGACGGAGUUGACUGUGUAUCCAAAGCCCCAGAACCCCUUAAGAGUAAAUUCAGUACAGUAAUAAUACUGCGACACUGACACGGUGCUUCUUAAUGAACCUGUCAGCUCAGUUUUAAUCACAAACAAUUACGCCCUCCGUCUUCGUCAAACAGCGCCGCUUUGAUUGCUUGUGCUGUUUUACAGCCUUCCGCCGGCGCCCAGCGUUCCAGUAACUGCAGCUCUCGUAUUAAAUGUCAUCUUCUGUACUGAACGAAACUCCGAUGUUUGCCUCAUCUUACAGGAAAGCAGGACUAAUUAUGCUCAUAUGCCAGAUGCUUGAUAUGUUAACACAAUGCUAGCAAGACUUUUGUUAUAGAUUAGUGGGGCGCUCGGGGCGGACGGGAUGGUUUAAUGCUGCCAUAUGGUCAGAAGCAGUAAAAUGAAUAUAAUGUUUUGGGGUAGAAUUUUCAGUACAGAGAUCUCCUCAACGUGGCAUCUGGUGUACUAACGUCCUGUAGAGUUUCAAUCCUAUCCAGCACCUUGAUCUUGUAUUUGGAUGUCUCUGAAGAUGUUCAUUGGUUGCUGCAGCUGUGUGAAAUGAUGAGUGACGUUAGAUUUUAUAGGUAGGGAAUAUUUGAGGAGUAGCUACCCGGGCUAAAUAUUUUCUUGCUGAUCCAAAUCUUUCAGUGGGUCAGCUGGUGUAUCUUAGUUUAAUGCUGGAUUUUCACAUGUUCUCCUCAGGUCCAUGUGGCCUUCCAUAUCAGGUUCUCCAGUUUCUUCUUACCUCCUUGAAAUAACCAGGUAUGUGUAUUGGCUACUCGAAAAAAUUUCUAUAUAUAUAUAUAUAUAUAUAAAAUGAAUAAAACUGUUAUAUAAUACUACUCCUUAGCUAGAUUUCCAUAGCAACAGCUGAUUCUAUUCUACAGCAGAUGUGCUAAGCUGGAGUACAUCCCCACCUCGCGAACUGUAAAUCCUUCAAAUCUGAAAAAAUAUUGACUCAAGUAAAGGUGUGGGCGAAUAUGGGAACGGUUGAAGGUGGGUGCCGAUUAUAUAAAGGUUAUGUAAAGCACAGAGACGUUCAAUCUCUGCUUUCUUCCAGUUCAUCAGCCAAGAGAGUCAUCCUUUUAAUUUGCUUGCUAAUUACAUAAAAUAAUAUCACCAGGAUUUCACACCUACAUCCUCGUGACGCUCAGGAGCUGAGGUGAAUAAAUCCUCCCGGGAGUUUUAUCGCAAAUGCCCGUCGUCACGGCAAUCUCUGUUUACGACUGGUCGGAACAGGUGUCCGUGUCCCGCCAAGGUGCCAAAGGCCUCUGUUUCAAGACCCAUGAAGCUUAGACAGUUUCUGAUUGGUCGAAAAGUAUCGAUUAAGUCACGAGGGCACGAUGGACGCUCAACGUACUCGAAGUCUAAUAAUGUUAUUUAGCAAAGCAAAACCUAAUCAGUGAAUCGUUCUGUAAGGAGACACAAAUAUGUAGCAUUUAUGGAAGGAGUCUCCAGUGUCAGCGCUCUGAAACAGCCAGAGGUUAAGCUGUAACUUUAAGGUUUAAGGUUUCCGCCACUGCAAAGUCUUCAUGAUGGAUGAUGUCUCACAAGCUACUUUUUAUUUGUUUUCUGUUAAAGUGAAAAAAAAAAAAGUGAAAGAAUGAAUAUUUAUAGCUGUUUUUAAUAACAAGUGAUUUCUAAGUUGUAUAAAAUAAGUGAUCAGAGGAACUUGUUUUGUGGACUUUGCACAACAUUAAAUGCUUUAACUAUAAAUGGA